ACGCUCGCCGGGAUCCUCACGCUUCUGAUCCGACAGACUCGGAGAAAGCAACCAUGGUGCUGUCUCCCGCUGACAAGGCCAACGUCAAGGCCGCCUGGGGCAAGGUCGGAGGCCACGCCGGCGAGUAUGGCGCCGAGGCCCUGGAAAGGAUGUUCCUGAGCUUCCCCACCACCAAGACCUACUUCCCCCACUUCGACAUGAGCCACGGCUCCGCGCAGGUCAAGGCCCACGGCAAGAAGGUGGCCGAUGCCCUCACCCAGGCCGUCGACCACCUGGAUGACCUGCCCAGCGCCCUGUCCGCUCUCAGCGACCUGCACGCCCACAAGCUGCGGGUGGACCCUGUUAACUUUAAGCUCCUGGCUCACUGCCUGCUGGUGACCCUGGCCAACCACCACCCCAAUGAAUUCACCCCUGCGGUGCACGCCUCCCUGGAUAAGUUCCUGGCCAGCGUGAGCACCGUGCUCACCUCCAAGUAUCGUUAAAGUGGAGGCCGGGGCUGUGU